AUCUGCAGGGGUAGAGGCAGUACUAAGCUGCUCACGAUAAUAUCAAGAAAGUUACUUUUCAGUUUGUUGCUCUGUCCACCUUCUCCACUGUAGUACCACUGCCUUGAACGCUUUAUGGUUGACCGUGUUUCUGCGACGAUAUAUUGACGAAGGUGCAAGUCAUUGAUGGAAGGUGGUGAGUAAGGCAGUGACACGAACUCUCCUGUACUGUGACAGUCAACAAAAGGAUGAUGCUGAAGAGGUUUUUAGCCGUGUUAGUGGCCGUAGUGACUGUGAUGAUGUCCGUGACCCUACACAUCUUUAGGGAUCAGGUGUUCGUCUUGUCGGAGUUCAUAAGGCUUGACAAACACGAGGAACUACAAGGAAGGUCAGUCUCGCCCCGGGUUAAUAUAGAGAGGCCUCAGGGGACAUCAACUCAACCCCAGGCCGCCACUGAAGAGUCAAUUGGUCAGGUGUUAAAAAAGAGAGUUGAACAUUUGGCGCAGGUGUGUCGACGGCCCGGGGUGAAGCAUAGUGGUUUCUUGGAUAUUGGGACAGUAGGACUGACCACUCCAUUUCGAGUAUGCGUCGUUCCUAAGGGCGGUUCAACUGCGUGGAGAGCCUAUAUGAACACACUGAAGCAUAUCCCAAAGAGCCAAGACUACCCGAAGAUCUUAGUGGCGAGGCAUCCACUUGCUCGUCUUGCUUCAGUCUACAGAGACAAAUUCCUUGAAGGUUAUCCACUGUUCGCAUUUAACAAAACGUUCAAGAAGAUAACGGGAAGUAGGCAGAGGUGGAAUACAAGGUGGACGUCUUAUUGGCUUCCAGCUUUGAUACACAAAGGUCUUGUCAACCCUUCACCUGAUUUCUUUGAGUAUUUGACGAAGAAGGUCGUCGACGAUAAUAACCUUCGUAAUGGUACACAAAAGUUGUUGAAGGUGUCCAAGCUUAGGAUCCUCGAUACAGCUGUCAGGUCCUGGUAUUCUAACGCGGAACAUAUUAAGCUAAUGAGACGUUUCUACAAUGCCUCUUUCUCAAUGAUAGAUUUUCUAGAGCAUGUACUGUGGACUCGGGACUUGGGUAUGGAGGACAGGCACUGGGCCCCCGUCAAUGAGCUGUGUAAAACCUGUGUCACUGACUACAAGUUUAUAUUGCAUCUUGAAAAUCCUGAGGAGACCAAGUACGUGUUAAACCCCCUGCACCUUCACAAGACCACUGUCCCAAGGCGGCACAUAUCCUUAGGCACCUCACAAGAACUAUCUGAUCUUCGGUACUACGAAAAUGUUCCCAAGGGCUUGAUGAUCAAAAUUAUUGAUAUGUAUAAAAUGGAUUUAGAACUUUUUGGGUAUGAUAAGGACUGUAUUUAAAGAUAUGUAGUUCUGGGAUUAAUAAAAAUUAUCGUAUUUUAUCUCAUAAGAUAAAUAUUUAGCUUCAAAAUUUAUUCUUUAUUCGACAUGAAUUUAAUAAGAGAAAAUGUUCAACAAUAUUUGCUGAAAUAUUUUGUCCAAUUAUUAUGAGAUAUUAUGUCAUAGUUUGACAAUUGCCUAAUUGAGAUAUUGACCAUUUGAGGGAUAAAGAUUUAAUUUGACCUCCCGCAUAUUAAGAGAAUCUUACAUAAUCAAGGAGGGUAAAGUGUAGCAGUCAAUUUUAUGUUAUGUUAUAUUAUGAUACUGUCGGUUAUGUUAGGUUGAGGUGGUCACCCAUGUCCGUAUAGGCAAACUGUGA